AUGGCGGCACCCGAAGUCUCUCACGGCCGCGGUGGCGCCGGCAACAUCAACCCCGACGACACCAAAUACGUCGAUGGUGAGGUGGUCCGGGUCGGCGAGGAGGGCAGCCACGGAGACGGGGCCUUCAGCACUGGCCGUGGAGGCGCAGCCAACAUCGCCGACGCGGGUAAGAAGCAGAAGGUGCGCGCCGACAAGGACCUGAUCCCCGAGGCGGCGGUCCGGCCCAGCCAGGACAACUCGGACUACCACACCGGCCGCGGCGGCGCCGGCAAUGUCGAGCACGUCGCGCCCAAGCAGGACACCGCUGACGGCAACGGGAAACCGGCGGCGCCGAUCUCGCUGGCGGAUAAGCUGAAGAUGAAGAUUUUUGGGGUUUUCAAGAAAUAG